GGGGGUGAGACAAAGCAUGGUAAGUGAUAGGUCGAUAGAGGUGAGGUGGUUUUGAUUGGUAGAAGUGUGGAUGUAAGUGCGAGAAGGACUGGGCAAAAGUUGUUUGCUUCACAGUAAUAACAAGAGCACAAGAUGUACUGUGAGGUUUAACAGUUGGAGCCCUCACCUUCAUUUUUUACCAAUGAUUAAAUUGUGUUAGGGCAAGCUUUGCAACUGAUAUAAACUGAACGAUUACCCGAUCCUUUUCCAUUUUUCUAGUUUAAACAGAACCUUGAUUUCAGCUUUUUUGGUGGCUGUAUCACUAACUAUUUACUGUAAAUGUAAGGAAUGAUGACAGAGAGAGCAAUAUAUGUUGGUUGAUGGCUUCACCCUGGGCAGCUUCACUGACCAUAGUGGUGUAGUAUCCCAUUAAUAGCGUGCACUGCCACAUCACCUAUUCAGCAUUGGAGGACUUAAUUUGUGUCAUUUCAUUUGAAUAGCUAGGAUAGGCAGAGUGCAGGAAGUGGUACAAUCAUGAUCCUUAUGUAAAUGCAGUGUCUCACCACCCUUCCUGUUACAACAUCGGAAUACUAUUCCAGAUGUACAUUACUUUCAUUUCCCAACUGUGACAGGCAUUUUCAGAUUUGGAUGAGACAUCGUGCUUUCUGGCUAUUUCAUGAGUCAAUUGCCAUAGGUACCAGCAAUGGGACGAUGACAUUCUGUCUUGCUGCAACUUAACAGGCUUGUAAGUGCAACAACACACAGGAAGACUGCAAGAGGUGGAAGAAAGGCCAUUCAUAAUGUCAUCGAUCGCUGCAUAUUAUGCAGGAAAAAACGUGCUCAUCACGGGAGCUACGGGGUUCAUGGGCAAAGUCCUGGUGGAGAAGCUGCUGCGCUCCUGCCCGAAAGUCAAAGCCAUCUACAUCCUGGUGAGGCCUAAAGCUGGGCAGUCAAUGCAGGAGAGGGUCACCAACAUGAUGAAGUGCAAGCUCUUUGACAGAGUGAGAGAAGACUUCCAGAAAAAGAUCAUUCCCAUCGGCAGCGAGCUGAUGCUGCCCAACCUUGCCAUCAGCUCCGAGGACACCGAGCGUUUGCUCUCCUGCAUUAACGUCAUCUUCCACUGUGCAGCCACCAUACGAUUCGACGAGCCUCUGAAACAUGCCCUGCAGUUGAAUGUGGUUGCCACACAGCAGCUUUUGGUGCUAGCCCGACAGAUGCAGAAGCUUGAUGCCUUCAUCCACAUUUCCACGGCUUAUGCAAACUGCAACCGGAACCAUGUCGAGGAGGUUAUCUACCCUCCGACUGUAGAGCCAAAGAAACUCAUUGACUCUUUAGAGUGGAUGGAUGAAAGUAUGAUCCAAGAUAUCACCCCCAAACUGAUAGGAGACCGGCCAAACACCUACACCUACACGAAGGCACUUGCAGAGUAUGUCGUUCAACAAGAGAGUGGCGAUUUGAACAUUGCCAUCAUCAGACCUUCCAUCGUUGGAGCAAGUUGGCAAGAACCAUUCCCAGUAAGUCAACCAUUCCCAGGUUGGAUUGACAACUUCAAUGGACCAAGUGGACUUUUCAUUGCCGCAGGUAAAGGGAUUCUUCGUACCAUGAGAGCUACUAACAAUGCAGUGGCUGAUUUGAUCCCUGUUGAUGUUGUUGUUAACCUCACAAUCGCAGCUGGCUGGUAUACAGCAGUUCACAGACCAAAAGUCACCCUUAUCUACAAUUGUACAACAGGCGGCAUCAACCCGUUUCACUGGGGAGAAAUUGAAUACCACGUCAUCUCCACAUUUAAGAGGAACCCACUGGACCAAGCCUUCAGAAGGCCCAAUGCAAAUAUUACAUCAAACUACCUGAUUAAUCAGUACUGGAUUGCUGUCAGUCACAAAGCCCCUGCGUUGCUUUAUGACCUAUACCUGAGGCUAACAGGACAAAAGCCACGGAUGAUGAAGAUCUUCAACAGACUUCACAAAUCCAUGAUGCUCCUGGAAUACUUCAGCAGUAAGUCCUGGAAUUGGAGUUCAGAGAACAUGAACAUGUUGAUGAGUCAGCUCAGCAUCGAGGAUAAGAGGGCUACGAAACAUCCGCUAUGCCUUCAACACCAUUCUCCUGGUCUUCAUCUGGCGUGUGUUUAUCGCUCGCUCACAAAUGGCCCGCAACAUCUGGUAUUUUGUGGUCAGCCUGUGCUACAAGUUCCUGUCCUAUUUCAGGGCGUCCAGCACCCUGCGACACUGAAGCCAAGUGGUAAACCCCACAUUGAAGCAUCGCCUUGGUCCAAACGGCUAACUAUUCAUUCACAAUAUCUCACUUUCUUAAACAAAAACAACCACCAGACUUCCCGAGUCAGUGUAAAAGAAAACAAUAUGACUUUGCAUUCCAAUGUAAUCAAUCUACACACUGCCAUUAUUAUAAAGAACGAUGAUAUUGUCUCACCAAGCAUCUGCUCGUGUGACCCUGUGGUUUUCUAGCCUUACCAGCUUGCUGUGAUCCACAUGUCUGUGUAUCUGUGCCCUGGGCCUGACUUUACAGGUAAUUGCUGGAAUGGAUUGAAGUCCAAAACUCUCUCUCCUGCACUGCUACAUUUUGGAUCCAGGGCCUUUAUUCACUAAAGGAACCUGCCCAGCGUAUAGUACUGUUAGUCCUUAGUGAUCCACAACAGGACAACAUCCAGUGACUUUUGUAAAUAGGGCUCCAGUCCCAAUGUACACGGAAAAUCGCCUUCUAGCAAUAACGUGCUAACCUUCUUCUUGGUGCUAAAAUGGCAACGACAACUUCAACAAUACUUGGUGUUUUACAAGUGUAUAUAAAAAGGUUAACACAACCAAAUCCUCCGGAGUUGUUCCCGAUAUUUGCCGAAGGUCACCUCCUCUCCCUUCCUGAUUUGUCAACGUGUAACCAAAUGAACACCUUGGCAGCAACAGAAUUAAAAGGACUGAUGUGUGAAACUAAUGCAAUUUUAAUUUGUGCCUGACAAAGAACCGUGAGAAAAUGUGCGAUCCUAUCAUUGCAUUUGCUGAUUAAUGGGGAAGAAAUGAUCAAUCGGGUCAUGUAAAAGAAGUGGGUAUCGGUACCAGAUGUGAUCAUGUUAUUGCUUCCAACACCAAUGGUGACAAAUUAAAUACUACUUUGGAUAUUUGUAAGAA